UCCGUCACCCCGCGCCGCUGAGAGCCCUGCGGACUCAGCGAGGGGUCGGCGCCACAGCGGUCUUCGGCCGUCGGCGGCUCCGGCGGUGGCGGCUGGGCUCCGCUCUGCCGCCGCCGUGGCCCAUGGGCAGAGUCGGCGCGAAGGCCGGCAGUAAACUGAAAAGAAGAUGUCCCUAUAUGAUGACCUGGGAGUGGAAACCAGUGACUCAAAAACAGAAGGCUGGUCCAAAAACUUCAAACUUCUGCAGUCUCAGCUUCAGGUGAAGAAGGCAGCUCUCACACAAGCAAAGAGCCAAAGGACAAAACAAAGCACAUACUUGCCCCAGUCAUUGACCUGAAGCGAGGUGGCUCCUCAGACGACCGGCAAAUUGUGGACACACCACCGCAUGUAGCGGCUGGACUGAAGGACCCCCGUUCCCAGUGGGUUUUCUGCGGGUGAAGUUCUGAUUCCCUUAGCUGACGAAUAUGAUCCUAUGUUUCCUAAUGAUUAUGAAAAAGUAGUGAAGCGCCAAAGAGAGGAGCGACAGAGGCAGCGGGAGCUGGAAAGACAGAAGGAAAUAGAAGAAAGGGAAAAGAGACGUAAAGACAGACAUGAAGCUAGUGGGUUUUCAAGGCGACCAGAUCCAGAUUCUGAUGAAGAUGAAGAUUAUGAGCGAGAGAGGAGGAAAAGAAGUAUGGGAGGAGCUGCCAUUGCCCCACCAACUUCUCUUGUAGAGAAAGACAAGGAGUUGCCCCGAGAUUUUCCAUAUGAAGAGGACUCAAGACCUCGAUCACAGUCUUCCAAAGCUGCUAUUCCUCCCCCAGUGUACGAGGAACAGGAUAGACCAAGAUCUCCCACUGGGCCCAGUAACUCCUUCCUUGCUAACAUGGGUGGCACAGUAGCACAUAAGAUCAUGCAGAAGUAUGGCUUCCGGGAAGGCCAGGGCCUAGGGAAGCACGAGCAGGGGCUGAGCACCGCAUUGUCAGUGGAGAAAACCAGCAAGAGGGGUGGCAAGAUCAUUGUGGGUGACGCCACAGAGAAGGGUGAAUCUCAGGAUGCAUCCAAGAAGUCAGAUUCAAAUCCAUUAACCGAAAUACUUAAGUGUCCUACUAAAGUGGUCUUGCUGAGGAACAUGGUUGGUGCAGGAGAGGUAGAUGAAGACUUGGAAGUUGAAACCAAGGAAGAAUGUGAAAAAUAUGGCAAAGUUGGAAAAUGUGUGAUAUUUGAAAUUCCUGGUGCCCCUGAUGAUGAAGCAGUACGAAUAUUUUUAGAAUUUGAGAGAGUUGAAUCAGCAAUUAAAGCUGUUGUUGAUCUGAAUGGAGGUAUUUUGGUGGACGGGUGGUAAAAGCAUGUUUCUACAAUUUGGAUAAGUUCAGGGUCUUGGAUUUGGCAGAACAAGUUUGAUUUUGAGAACUAGAGCCAUCUCUGAUGAUCCUUAAAUAAGCUGCAAACUGAACAGUGAAAAGGGCCGCAGCCUCCAGGGCUGUUGGAUACUCGGACUCUUGGAAGGACUUCUAAGAUAUAUGUUGAUUGAACCCUUUUUUAUUUUGUGGUUUUUUUAAUAUAGUAUAAAAUCCUUUAAAAAU